ACGGAUACUAUUAUUCUACGAAUCGAAAUCGUCGCCGCUGUCCCUCCCCCACCCUCUCAACCCCAGCCCCAAAAAAAAUAAUCGAUCACAGUCGUUUUAUUUAACUACGACCACGUAUCAUUCCCGUGAACAAAAAAUCACACGCAUCGAAUCGUUUGGCCACCUGUGCGUCGUCCACGUUUUGCCAAAACUACGUCAUCGCGAGCGCGCGCUGUAUACGCGCGGUUUCGAAUUUUCCCGCCCUCCCUCCUUCCCUCGCUCAGGCUCACUGCAACACGCUUGCACGAUCUACACCUACACGUACUUCUACACCCGCGUACACCAUCAUACACGCGUUUUCCAUCUCUGUCCGAACCUCGCGCCAACUCGCUAUCCUCUCCCUCCUGAUCCCACCGACUCCCCCAUACAAUGUAUACACACGCGUGCACACACGAAACAUCGCGGCGUGUACACACGGGACAAAGACAGAGACUACCGUGCCGGCACCUACUAACGGAUAAGUGCUCUUCCAACACCGAUUAAAACACGCCGCCGGCUAGACACGUGCCCGCUUCUAAACUCGUGUGUGCUCCUAUAGUAAUAGUACUGCGAUAGCUGAGAUCGAGAGAGAACGAACGAGAGUUAGCGCGCUGCCGAACGACCCACGUUUCCCCCGGUGUGCAAAAAUCGCGUCGACGUUGGUCAUCUUCGUGGAGAACAGUGUUCCGAAAACGAAAAAGAAAAGAGAAAAAUACGAACGGUAUUAGAACACGAAAGGGAUGGCACAGUCGGGGAAUCGUGAAGAAACCUCGGCGAACGGUACGAUCUCUUCCGAAGAGAAAAGAAAAAAAGAUAAAAGGAAGAAUAGAAUGGAGAAACCAGGGGGGAGGGGAAAUUAAAAAAGGAAAAGAAAAAAAGAAAGAAACGGGAGAACCGUGAAGAAUCUCGGUAUCCGUCGGUGUGAUCGUGUCCGCUUGGACGAUUUGCAAAACCCGAGAAAGGAAAAAGUGUGUGAGAGAAAGAGUGCGAGGAGAGAGGGGGAGGGGGGGAAAUCGGGAGGAAGAGCAAGCGAGAGGCGUAGGGAAGUUGGUAGGGAGAUAGAGACGGAAAGAAAGAGACGAAACGUGUGCGAGCGAAAGAGUUAGAGAUCGCGGCAUAAGAGCGAGCGAGGAAGAGAGAGCGUGCUGAUCCGCAAAAUACGGUCUCGUUACACUAUCGUCGGUGUUGGGUCAUCUAAUCGCCUCUGAAAUUAUCGUCUCGCCAGUACAGAGUGACGAAACACGCUCUCUCCGGGAGCAAUCAGUUUUCGAGGGUACUGGUUUCGUGGUGCUUGGACGAUCUCGAGCCGCGCGGCGCGGAGUCCUUCGGAUGCUGAUCGUUCUGAUCGUGGUUUGUUACCGAGAGUCCGUGUUCCGUUUCGUUUUCGUGUGUCACGUUGAUCGUCGCCCCCUUGGUGUAUACACACACACGCGCGCACACACACAUACAUACAUACACCCACACACCCACACACACACAUAUACACGCGGACUCGUUGUCUGGUCCGACCGAUCGCUACCGGGCCUGGUCAAGGUGAACAUUGCUGACGGGAGGAGAGAAAUUGCGCGAUGAUCGCGGUGCUCGUGACCGAGAGAGAACGGCCCUCGUGAGAUCUCAGCCAGCGAUGAUCGUACGAGAUUCGCGACCGUGGUGCCCGUGAGACGAUUCCGAACGUCUCAUUCUACUUAAACGUUCUCGCAUGCGUUUUCUUGUGUAUACGCGGUAGAGUCGCAAUGUUCAACGUGAUCGAAUGCCGAUCGACGUCGAUAUGUUUGGUCGUGCGGGUGUUUGGAUCGGUUCGUUUGCAUCGACUGCGCGAUACGUGAACGAAAUCAGUGAUCAGUUGUUCAUCGAACGCCGCCGGUCGAUCGUGUGCCAGCGAACAACGCUCGUGGAAAUGGACGAUCCUCGUAGUACGUUGAGAAAGAGAGUUCUGUUUCAUCGCGGUUGUUCGAGUGUUCUUGUCGCUGUUCGAUUGAACGACGCCGACGACGAGGAAGCGCGCUCCACGUCGUUUGAAUAUCGUGUUGCGCUUACGCUACCUCGGGUCUCGUGUUCGCGUUAAAUGUCCAACCGGGAGUUUCCAGCUUGUAUUUCGUAGCGAUGAACGUUUCGCAGCGAGGCAUUGUACUCGGUGAUCUCGUGGAUCGUUUCGUCUUUGGGAUGUACGCGCAAAGUUUCCUACCGUCUAAAAUCUGACUUUCGCGCGGAGAUACUUGUUCCAGCGAGUAUUAAUCGUCUACUUAACUCCGCCGGUGUCGAUCGUUGGACAUUUAAUGUUUUCGAGGAGACGAGGAUAGUGCGUGGUGCAACUGACUGCAAGAAACAACAUUCUCGAAACAACCUUUUCGAUAAAACCUUCUCGAUAAAACCUUCUCGUGACCGGUAAUUCUCUUCGUUCGCUCCCUCCAUUCGAUCUAUGAAGCGUCGAAUUGUAAUCUAGUUUCGCGAAAAAAAAAAAAAUACAACGAAGAGGCAGAGAAAAAAAAUACGAACGAACGAAGAGAGAGAGAGAAAGAAAGAAAAGGUGGGAGAAAAAGAGAGAGAGAGAGAGAGAGAGAGAAAGCUAUCGAGCGUGGCAUGAGCGAACGUUAUCUCUGCUGUAGGUUUAUCGCGAUAUUCCUCUUUGGCGUCGUCAUCGAAACAGGAUCAUUUUCGCCGGUUGACAUGACGAGGAUAUCGCCAUCGGUUGGUGAUCCCGGAUCGUUAUUGGACAGUAUAAAGUCAAUCGCGGCGAAUAACACGAUUGGUUCUCGUUUAGCUCCGCUAACCCGGCUCCCCGACUUGGACCAGCAGGACUACACAUGAUCGGUCUGUGGAACUUUGCUUAUUUCAGAGAUACUGGCGCGCCCUACGUAUUAUACAAGGACAACAUGGAGAGACCCCAGGGGCAAUGGGGCCCCGGGCCGGGAUCUCUCCAGGACGGGGGACUGUACCCGCAGCAACAGCAACAACAGCAACAGCAGGGCUCCUCCUCGUCCGGCAGUCCACAGCAGGCCUGUGGUCCUCCUGUCGAGGGAGAAAGCGGUCCCCCGCCUUCGUUGGCCUCUCCCGUGCCCUCACCGUACCCCUCGGCACCGCCUGAGCCUCAAGCCUUAACCCCACCUGACGACGAUAUACAAUCGAAUCAAGCCACCUCUCAGCAGCAACAACAACAACAACAGCAGCAGCAGCAACAACAACAACAGACGCAACAGCAAGUUCAACAGCAGCAGCAGCAACAGCAACAACAGCAAGUUCAGCAGCAACAACAGCAACAACAACAACAGCAGACGCAACAGCAGGAUCAUUCGCCUCAACAGCAACUAACGCCUCACGAGGUGGAUCGCAGCGAUUGCUUCCCCGGCGCUGGAGAGUUGCAGCAAUAUCCACAGCACUAUUUCAAGGAUGCCAGGCCGCAUCCGUCGCCGUCGGUACCCCCGCACAUGCUCACCCCCGGUGGCUUCUCCGCGUUACACUAUCUCAAGCAACCAGGCGUCAUGCUGACGUCCCUCGGCCAGGGUGACGGCGGACCCAGUUUGGAUGCUCACCAAUAUGCAAGUCCCGGGGCGCCGAACAUGGCGACUGGGUUGCCGGAUAUCGUGCAACAGAGCGGCAAGUCCGGGAAAGGGGCGAACAGCGAUCUACGUUUGUUCAAGUGUCUGACGUGCGGGAAAGAUUUUAAGCAGAAGUCGACGCUGCUUCAACACGAGCGGAUCCAUACGGACAGUCGGCCAUACGGGUGUCCAGAAUGCGGGAAGCGGUUCAGGCAACAAUCGCAUCUAACGCAGCACCUGCGCAUACACGCGAACGAGAAGCCGUAUGCUUGCGUGUACUGCGAGCGUACGUUCCGGCAGCGUGCGAUCCUCAACCAGCAUCUGCGCAUCCACUCGGGUGAGAAGCCAUACCAAUGUCCGGAGUGCGGAAAACACUUCCGUCAGAAGGCGAUCCUGAAUCAGCACGUCCGCACACACCAAGACGUGAGUCCGCAUCUGAUCUUCAAGAAUGGAAUGACGCCAACACUCUGGCCGCAGGAUGUUCCAUUUCCACCGGAGGAGGGCAAGGAGGAGGUGGCAUCGACGUUCGGCGACACGGACACACAGUCGGGCGCGUUCAGUCCGGCGCCGGACGCGAAUUCCAUCCAGUAUCCUGCUUACUUCAAGGACCCGAAGGGCGGGAAUCACGCGGUUUUCGGUGCCGGCGGCGCAGGUAGCUUCGGUGCUCUGCAGUAUAUCAAGCAACAGGGCGGUAGUAAGAGCUGUUUACCGGACGUGAUACAGCACGGUCGCUCCGCGGGGAUGCCGUUGUACGUACGAUGUCCGAUCUGUCAGAAGGAAUUCAAGCAAAAAUCGACGCUGCUGCAGCACGGCUGCAUACACAUCGAAUCGCGACCGUAUCCUUGCCCGGAGUGCGGCAAAAGGUUCAGGCAACAAUCGCACUUGACCCAACACCUUCGCAUUCACACGAACGAAAAGCCGUACGGCUGCGUUUAUUGCGGCCGCAAUUUCCGUCAACGUACCAUCUUGAAUCAACAUUUGCGCAUUCAUACCGGCGAGAAGCCGUACAAGUGUCAACAGUGCGGCAAAGAUUUCCGUCAGAAGGCGAUACUGGAUCAGCACACGCGCACCCAUCAGGGUGACCGGCCGUUUUGCUGUCCGAUGCCAAACUGUAGGCGGCGUUUCGCCACCGAGCCAGAGGUGAAGAAGCACAUCGACAACCAUAUGAAUCCGCACGCGGCCAAGGUGCGUAGGAACUCGAGCAGCGACUCGAAACCACCCGGUACACCGGCUGGUUUAGGCCCUGUCCCUGUACCUAGAGGUCUUACGCCAACGGUGGUGAAGCCGGAGCUCUAUUUCCCGCAAUGUUACGCGCCCGCGUUCAAUCAUCAACCGCCAGUGUCGACGGCGCAGUUCCCGGCCCAGGCAAACGGAGUAUCCGUUGCCGGCGAAUUCAAACCACCGACCGGUCUGCCGCCGCAGUGACUAACCGUCCAUCCUGCCGCCUACUAGCAAGCAGGAAUACCGCUGAGAUUUCAGCGAUGCUUCGGUCACGCGUUACAAACCGACGCCGUCGCCGCCGCCGCUGCCGCUUCAACGACGUCGAGUGCCGCGUCGCACCGAUGCAGCCAGCCGAUCCAGCAACACUACCCGUGACAUUUAUCGUGCAUUUACUAGGCUCUUUCUUUUCGUUUCGCAGUUCGCUUACUUUCCUCGUUCCAUUGCUUCGCACAGCCUCGGAACGCGUCGCCAGCUAGUCCUCAGCUCGACGGUGAUCGACACCGCGACUCGUUCUUAGCUCUUCGAUCUAUCGUCUCUCUUCGUUUCUGUAGUUCGAUUUCGAGUCGAGAAACGGACUGUUUCGCGUGUGUGUAUACGUGUGCGCGUACGUUUCGGUACAACACGUUCGCGUACGUCGAUCGUUGAACGCGUUUACUCUUAUUACCAAUAGACUGUACCCUCGUCCGACUAGUGUGGUCCGUUUCUACUUGUGCGGUCCCAACCUGCUAUCCUUCGUUACGCGAACCAAUCGUAAGUAAUCGCGAAGCUCGCCAGCAACCACAACCUCACAAUGGCAACUUGUUCUUCUUUUCGAUCACUGAUCAUCGUUACCUGACGGAUAUACCGCGAUUCACCGGAAGCAACCGACCGAGACCGUGCAUCUACCACUGAUGUUCUACGCGAUUGCGUUCUAAACGCAAGAUGGAAAUAAGAGUAAGGGACUGUGUUAACUGACACGAACCGAGUCACGAACAAACGAGCUACGCGAUUAUAGAAAGGGGUUCGCAGAGAUACGGAGGUUUGGAUCGUGCAGGAAGCUGAGAGUCGUUGUGUCGUUCAUCGUCGAGCUGAUCACUGGCGCCAGAAAAAUGGUGACUCAACCAACGAAGAAUCUCGUCUAUUCCCCCCCCCCCAUACGUAUUUUUUAUAUAUUAAUGAAUUAACGACGUACCUUCUCGCGUUUUUUUCGUCGAUAAGCGAAUAGCUCGAGAGAGUUCGGUGGUUCCGCGCGCAGGCAGGCAGGCCGUCCGAGGUGUCGUUCGUCACACCGCUCAUACACACAAACAAACACACGCAUACACAGACACAGAGGCAGUCAGACACACAAGCAACAAGUAUACGUAAAGCGAAACUCGUAAUCGAGACGUGUUUCGGCUAACACACACGAGUUUGAGGAUGUUCGAUUCGACGACCAGAUUAGAAGCAAACAAAACAAAAAAAAUUGAUAACGAUUGUGAUACGAUAUCUAACUUGCCUAUGUUUAAAUGAAACAAAAAGAACAAAAAGAAAGAGAAAAGGGAAAGGGAGAAGAAGGAGAAGAAAGAGAUAUAGGUGAUGGGAGGAAGAUACGUUGCCUCGAGAGGGAGGUGAAUACACGACCACGAGAAGAAUGCCUGUAAAUAUGUAAAGCCGUUCACUCCGACGAACAAACAAAACCGAGUGGAGGAAGAGAAAAAAGAAAAAUGUUGAAAUGGCGCGAAAAAGAGCGAGCAAGAGAGUGCAUGCUUGGCUGCGCGGAUGGUGCAUGGAUCCGUGUGUGAAUGAGAAGAAAGGAGAGAGAAAGUGUUGCGAAUGCGUGAGCAAAAUCGAGGGUAGAACGAAGAGAGACGGAGAGUGUACGAGUGGGUAGAAUCGCUAAAGGAUGAGAGAAAUAGGAUAGAGAAAAAAGGCGAAACGAAGGAGGAAGGAGAAGAUGUGGAGGAGGAGGGGAAGAGCAGGAAGGUGAGAGGGCCAAAAAAAAAAAAAAGAGAAGGAGAGGAUAGACGUAUGGAUGAAAGAGAAGGGUGAGUGAAAAUGUGAAAUGGGAAGAAGAGAGAUUAGGUAGGAUUUACGAGGACGGCGUAUCCCCCCAGAGUGCUGAGCCAUAGCUUUUCGGGGUACGACAAGUUGACGAUGACGAUAGUUGCGCGAGGGGAGGGUACGACUCUUGUAUACUAUAGUAAUAUUUGAAUGUAUAUUUAUACGACAGGUUAUAUUAUUCUAUUAACUAUAAUGAUGAUAUUUUGAAUCGGUUUUAAAAUCAGAUUGGUGCUGAACGUAACACUAGGUAAGCGACACAAAGCAAAAGAAGAAAAAAAAAACGCGAAAGAGGAGGGAACGUGGAAGAAGGCUGAGACACCGUAGAAGUAGCGUAAGUAGGGUAGUCGAUAGAGUAGAGCACGAGAGAGAGAGAGAGUGAGAGAAAGAGAGAGAGCGAGAGAGAGAAAGAGGAGUAAAGCCGUGGGGGGAAAAAGAAGAGGAAUAAAAAAAGACUUUCGUAGGACCCUCGUGAAGUCCGCUCAUCCGGAACUUAAUAAUAAUAAUAUUAAUAAUAACACUAAUAAUAAUUACUAGUAAUAAUAAUAAUUAUAAUUAUAAUAAUAACGCAAUUAUCAUCACAUCAGCCGGUGAAUAGAAGGUAAUGAACGGAAAAUAACAAGAACGGAAGUAAAACAGGAAGAAUGUUUCGUGGCAAUACUUAAGAGGAAAACGAUACGAAAUGGGGAGAGAAAUACAUACACGAACACAAAAGGAACACACACAAAAUAUUGAGGAAAUUUCAACGUACUAGAGAAUAGUCUUUUAAAUUUCUAUAUUAAGACGUGUGAUCUCUCUAAUUAUUGUACAUUAUAUAUAUAUAUUAUAUAUAUAUUAUAUAUAUAUAUUAUAAUGAUCUAUACCUAUAGAUGACGAGAUGCAUAAGUAUAUGAUUACGAUUAUACGUAUAUUAGGCGUUCUACAGUUAGUCUUUUAUCAUUUAGACACAGAGAUGAUCUGAAGAUGAAUAAUUGUGCGGCCAUAUUCUCUGUGGCCUGUUUGUAGUGCCUCGGAAUUGCUGCUCGCGGCAGUGAUUUGACCGUAUUUUAGGAUGGUAUAUUAAUAAUUAUAUUGAGAAUUGCAAUUAUCGAUACUCUGAUACAGUACUAAAGGUGGAAGAAGCAAGAAUAAAGAAAGAUGAGUGGAACCGAAAGGAAAGAGGAGGAGGGGAAAAGGAAAGAGGAGAGAAAAAAGGAAAAGGGUGAAAGACGAGAGUUUAAAGGAAAAGAAAAGAAAAGAAAGAAGCGAAUGAAUGAAGUGAUCGUGUCGUCAGGCGUCACGUUAAUCGACUCAUUAAAUUAUUAAAGAUCUACUUAUAUCGCGUUUACAAAAAUAGGUUAGCGAGAAAAGGAAAAAACAAAAAGAAAAAAGACGUGCGGGAGCGCAAGAAAUCGGGAGUUAGAAAUCGACGACGCUGUGAUCGUUCGCUGAUAAUCACUUUUAAUCGUUCUUUUUCUUUAUUAUUUUUUUCUAAUAAUAUUAUUAUUAUCCUCGUUGCUCUCUAUUAAUUUCUUCCUUAGUUGUUGCGUGCGCGUUAAAAAAAAAAAAAAAAGAACGAACAAGAACAUAAGGAAAAAGAUCAAAACGGAGGAGUAGUUUCAGAGAACAUGAGGAAUUCUCCGUGAUUCACGAGUAUUAUGAUUGUUACGACAUACUAAAAUUUCACGGGACACUCGAUCGUGUCGACAUCCCGAUCUUUUUUAGAUUCGCUCGUCUCUCUUCCCUUGUGCGAUUUUAGCGGGACUGAUCUCGCGACGUUCCUCAUUUCGUGAUUCAAAUCGCCGAGUUCUCGGGGUGCUUAAAUUCGAUAGAAAAUCGCGUCGUUUGCCGACAUCCUUAUGCCUUCCUGAAAAUCUUAUUAAACUUUCUACAGAUCGUUUCAAAGUUCCGAAAUAUCUUGCGACUGCAACUGAUCGACAUCAUUUAAAAUUUAAACGGAAACAGCUAAUAAUCGUGAAAACUUUCGAGCGUCAACUGCAAAUCUUGUUUCUCUCUUCUCUUUUGUUUUUUAUUCAUCGGUCAUUUAUAUUUUCUUUUUUUUCGGUUAAAUUUUCGCUCGUCGAAAAAUACGUGCCGCGCGUGAAAACAAUAAUUCAAUCUUUCCGUUUCGCGACAGAACGACAGGGCGAUUUCGCGUGGACGAGCGAAAUAUUAUUCGUCAGUGAAAUAAUAAUUGGUUUAUUAGGUGUUUGUCGAUCGACGAAUAAAAUGUGACCACAGUCCAUCGAAAGAAAAUCGCUCAUUGAAUACGGUCAUUAAACAAUCGUGUCGAACAUCUUAAUUGACGCCGUUCCAAUUUCUCUUUAGGUUUUCGUUUCGUAUAACUCCGAAAUUUGAUUUUUUUUUUUUUUUGCUUAUUAUGUCGUUUCUUACACGAAACACGAAUCACGGUUCUGCACGCGACGCGAUUGGAUUAUUAGGUUUCACGUAAAAACUCGAUCGAAUUCUUCAAACGGGAAUCUUUUUUCAACCAUAUUUUUAACGCAUCUUACGCGUGUUUUUUCUUUAUUUUGUCGAGAACGCGAUAAUAAAAAAGUAAAAAAAUUGUUCAUGCGAAUGGGAUUAAGAUCCUUUCGGGCGUGGCCGACCGUUUAAUUUUUUUUUUCUUUUUGUUUUUCGCAGUGCGAAAGAAUAUAUCGUCAAGCCAGCAAAGAUCGUUUUCGAAUAGAGAAAGAUACUCGUUUUAGUAUGUUUGUCGAAACAGAGUUGGAGGUAGAGAAUUGGAAGAGACGAGAAAAGGAAAAAGAGAAAGACGACUAAUUAUUGUAAAAAAAAAGUGUAGAUACGAACGAAUAUUUUCUUUUUUUUUUGUUUUUUUAAGAUUUGUUCUAACUCGUCGUAUUCAACAUAACGAUAUAUCAUCUCGUAUCUUAUUAUUAUCGCUGUUAAUUAAUUAUUAUUAAGUUUCUAUCGCGAGAGAUUUUUGCAUACGGUGCAGUGGUUGGUAUCGUUCUUUCCUUUCUUUUUCUAAAUACAGAUUUUCCUUUUCUUUUUUGCUGUCACCCUUCCACACUUUUUUCCGUACUUUUCCCCGUUUUUUUCUUUUUUUUCGCGACGCCCGUCGACUGUACGGAACGUUCUUUGAUCCUCAAUGUCCGACAUUGUUAAGACGUUUCCUUACGUCCUCCUUUUGUAAUACUUCUUUCUUUUUUAUACGGAUUAUUCUUUAUCGAAAUAAUUCCGACUACUAGUGCUUAUGCUUAUUAUUCUCUAAUCUCGCAGUCAAAAAAUCGGCCGUGUGAUAUAUACAUAUAUGUAUUUAUAGCGUGUCGCAGGGACGAAAGAAAUCCGAUUGAUUUUUAACUCUGUUUAAUCCUUUUAUAUAUAUAUUAUAUAUAUAAAAUAUUUUAUACCUUUUCGCGAAUGUACUUUUUUGCAAAAAAAGAAAACGAAGCGCGAUAGCCAGCUGAUCUGGCCCGAGACGACAGGGACGCGUUAUAUUUUUACUUUUAAGUUCCGUGUAUACGUGCCGGUCGCAGAACUCGUUGCGAACUGCUGCGAAACUGGUUCGGGUGGUUGGACGACGUCAGAACCUUGUGUGGUGCCAUUUCGAUCGACGAAACACUCCGACGAGCGUCGUCAGAGCGCGGAUGAAGCAAAGAAACGACGAAAAACAAAAAAGGACAGAAAAAGAAAAAAAAAGAGAAGAAGACGUAGAAGAAGAACGAAAAAACGUAAAAGCAAGAGGAAAAGAAAGAGGGCGGAGGGGAAGUACUGUGAUAUCGAUUCACUAUAGCGAGAUAAAGAGACAAAAUACAAAAAAAGAAGAGAAUGAAAGACGGAGCGCGGAGAACAAUCAUGAAAGCGUGUAUAUGCACACGAUCGGAUGAUCCACGAGAUGGUAUCGUCGUGCACGAUAAGCGUCGACGUAUACGAUGUUACGAUAAUGUUUAUUUAUAAGCGACUUUUCUAUUCUAAUGUGUACAGUAUGCACGACGAGUAAUCGGGUUCGUGGAUUAUCUGGUCUUUUCUCGCGUGUGUAAGUAUACUACGCGUAGAAUGGCCGACAGUCGACCGGCUUUUUACCGAAUCGAACCAGAGGAAUCGUGAAACGUUCUUGCUUGCCUCUAUCGCUGGCAAAUAUCGCGGAUAGGAAAUGGAUAGAGGAGAAAGAAAACGACGCGCGUCGUCCCGACGUCGAUCGAAUAACUAUUUCGCGAUAGCCGACGUCGUCCGGCCGCUCUUUUGCACCGACCAACUUUGUUAAAUAACUGUUACUGCUGCCUACCGCUACGAUGCAUUUAUUAUUUGUCAUUUUAUUUUUUGUCUUUUAUAUUUAUCACUUGUUGCACGUUUCAUCGAGAGAGGAGAGAGUGUGAGAGAAGAGUAAAUAUAUACGGACGCGAAGAAUGCGAAAGAGAGCGAGGAUGAACAAACAUGGAGAGAAAGAAGAAUCGAAUCGCGGAUACGGGUCGCAACGUUUUCUUCGCGACAGAGAACGCUAACGUUUCACGUCUGUAUACACUAAAUGGAAAGAACAAGGCGAUCUGUGUUUCUCCAAUUUUGUUUUAUCUCCUUUUUUUUUUUUUAUUACUAUUACUAUUGUAAUUUUGUAAUUUUUUCUUACUACGUAUUUUUUUUCUUUUUUUGUUCUCGUCUCUUUGAAAUCUAAUCUCGGUUGUGUGCUUUCAAGACGUAGAGCCGAAGAGAGGCCGCGUUGGGCCGCGUCAUCCCAUGUCGUCCACUGAAUGCUCAACAUAGAUUAGGUUAUAAGCUUUAUAUAUUAUUACCUAUAUAACGAUUAAUGUAAAUUAUUGUUUUUUCUCUCCCUUUAUAAGACUCAGGGCUCACGGCCCCGCAGACGGGGCCAAGCCUCGCGACAGGAUGACGCGACCUGGAACACCUCUCUUUCCUCUUUUAAUUCCUCUCUAGUUUUUACGCAGAUAACACGUAUACUUCUGUUCGCGUUCGUUUUGUUUUUCACUUUUCUUUUUUUCUUAUAUAUCUAGAGAGAGAACGAGACACACCUUUACACGAAAUCUCGGUUUUAUACGUACUAUUAAUUUAUAACCGGCGUACCAGCGAUUAAAUUUUUUCUUUUUUUUCGUUGCACAAAGACUAUCACCAAUGCCACCACGACCACCACACACCCACUUCGACACACGAGAUCUCGCUUUCAAAAUUUAGCUUUAAAAUUUUCGAUGCGGACGCUGAUGCAGGUGCAAUACAUUACGGAUGUGCAUAUGUACACUUAGGAUCGUGCCGCGGUGCGUUGAAAACUAUGCGAGUUUUGCUUGAAAAAUAGUCGCUCACAUUCUAGCGAAAGAAAACAAAAAAAAAAAAAAAAAAAAAAAGGAAGAAAAGAAAGAAAGAAGAGGAAAAACCGAAUGGGAAAAAAACAUGAAAGAAAAUGUCGGGAAAAAAAUUGGUCGCGAAAUCGCAAGCGGAAGACGCGUUACGCGUUACCCGUUUUUCCGCGUCGAUGUCCUUUUGUCUCGAAUGUUUCCGUGUAAUUGAAAGCUGGUUCGCGUUAACGUUACUUGUUCACGCGUAAUUCUCCACGUUUCGUAAGCUCGUUUGAACACGCGUGCUACUCCGUUUCGACGUGUCGUAACGCGGAAAGGAACGACAAACGCACGGCGAGACGAAAGAAAUUCGUUUCUCUUUGUUCCCUCGUUUGAGCCUUUUUAUUAUUAUUAUUAUUAUUAUUAUUAUUAUUAUUAUUAUUAUUAUUCCUAUUAUGGAAGUUCGUUUCAACGCACGUUUUUUUUCCAUUUUACUUCCAUCGUUCACAGGACAGUGAUCAAUUUUCUCGCGUGUACUUAGUGUUUCAACGCACGCGUAGCUCGCGUCUUAUUUAUAUAUAAAUAUAUAUAUAGAUUUUUAUAUGUAUACACGAACUCGCACGAUCGUAAAUGUAAAGAGUUUUAAAAACGUUAAAAAAAGAAAAAAAAAAAGAAAAAAAAAGGAUUACGGAGGAAGAAUCAAAUCACCGAAGUGUGCGCUUGGCGCCGGUGAUGCAUAUAUAUAUAAAUAUAUAUAUAUUAUACCGUUUUAUUUACGAUUUUAUAAUAUUUACACGAGAGCAGCGAACCACUGAGCCAAGACUGACCUCUUUGUGUUUCUCCUUAAUUCGUGCGCAAAACGUUUCAUUUUAUUCGACAUGUGUUUUUAUCAAUUUUUUUUUUCUUUUUUUUUCUUCAAGACGACUACUUUAGCUCGAAAUUCUUGUGUUGUUGCAUUUUCUACCGUGUUGUAUUUUCUCUGUUCGAUCUCUCUGCGGUCACGGAUGGAAGAUUCGACGCUCGAUCAAACCGCCCACUUUGUUUUGUAUGAACGCACUGUGACGAGAGAGCGACGCACAGAGGAACAGAGAAAUAGAAAAAAAAAUAAUGGAACAACUUUCCUUAUAUUAAAAAAAAAAAAGGAAAAAGACGAAAAAAAAUGCAAAAAAACAUACGAAAAACAAAAAACUCCUCGCAAGAUCACAAUAAAUUUUUGAAUAAAAUCUAUUUUUUCUUAUGUACUCUCUUCAUUACGCUCUUCUUUUUCUCUGCUUUACAUUUUAUUUUACGUUUCUUUUCAUUUUCAAGCAUCUUGCAGCGCUUCUAUGCAACAUGGGCCACGUGAACGACAUCGCAAAUUUCAUUUUCCAUUCCUGCCCUCUAUGAUUUCUUUGUGUUUUCCUCUCCCCUUCGGUCGAGUCUAGGUCUAGUUCUCGUUGCUGUUCGGAUCGCAUGCAAAGUUAUGCCGAGAAGCCAGGUUCCUAAUAAUAAUUUAAGGAGUGGGAAGAGCAAAAGAAUUCCAUUCCACAUAUUAUAUAUACCCGUAUAAAAAUAUAGUCGGUCACAAAAGUCUAGUUAUAUCCCUUAGAUCUAAAAUAUCAGAACAAAGACGUUAGCGGUAGGAAAAUUUCUCGUCAAAUUUUGUAUUCGUUCAGCUUGGGCAGAUAUUUAAAAAAAAAUAAUCCGAAUUAUUACGCUUAUUAAAAGGAAAAAGUAUACGUAUACCAGAUAUAAUUUCGCAAAAUGAUCAAAAAAGUAGCCUUAAUUAUGUUAAUACAUAUCUUGUACGUUCCCCGUGGGUAUCAAUAAUCGCUUCCAAUCUUCUUGGCAUUGAUCGAAUUAAACGUUGUGCAAUUUCUCGUGCAAUUUCUUGUUUCAAGAAUUUUGUAUAAUAAUUUCUUCUGGUAAUACGUUAAUAGCGAGCAAAUUCGAAGUAACUCUGUGUCGAUACGUAAACGUGGACGUGUUUCAAUUUCAUCCCAUCACUCGAAUACACGAAUUUCGUUCAACGUACGUAGACUUUUGUGAUUGAGUGUAUAUUUUGUGACUGACGAGUGUCUCGGUGGCGCGGGCCCGAUUCACCUCGAACUCCGUCAGCUUCCAAAGAUACCGAUCAGAAUUCCUGUUCAGAUUCGAUACUCUCUCGCUCUUUGUAUCUCCUUCUUCAUACUCUUUCUCUGUCCCCGGUCUGUCGGUUCCAUUCCCUCGCCGCUCUAAUCCUCUACCAGGCCCGAUGAUGCAUCGUACGCCAUUCGACUCGUAAUUAAUCGAACGCCCGACCGAGCGUUCAAGAGCGUGAAUCAGGCUUCGCCAUAUAGUUAUAUACAUCGAGUAUUCUGUGCUCUGUAUUUUCAUCGUUUUCUCAAUUGUUACUGAUAUUCCCUCUUACUUUUCUUCUGUUCUUUCAUUUUUCUGUUAUUUUUUUUUUUUUUUUUUUUUUUUUCUACACGAUAAAACUUAGGAAGUAGAACCUAGAGGCGUUGACAGAGAAGGAGAGACAAGCCCUUCUUGAUGAUUUUCAGAGUCGCUUACAGCUCACCGGUUCUUGGCUAGAGCUUUUGUCUCUCGCGAGAGGAAUACAAGGAAAGGAACAAUCAGUUGCGAAUAUAAUGAAAGAGAUCUCAAUAGACGGUGUCGAACCACUCGCGUUACUUUCUUUGUUUUCUCAGCCUGUGUUUCUUUCCGCUUGCACCGUUGUUUUUCCUUUCUUUAGUAUCCAGACACACCAACUCGUUGUAAUCUCUGUACCUUAGUUUUUCGAUUUUAUUAAGUUUAUUCCAUAGAGAUUCGCUACGACGACGAACAAAGAGGAACGCAAAUAUAAUCCAAGGGAAAAUAAGGGGCCCUUCGACGCGCCAAAAUUAAUUUCGUCGUUAACUAAUCCUCUAACAACCUAUACUAAUUGUACAAAAAUUGUAAAACGACCAAGAUUUACUGUU